AUGAUGAUUUCUCCAGAAGAACAUUUGUCUAGCGACUUGAUCCCAGAACUUCUUAUAGAUAAAAUAUUAAAUUUGGAAGAACAUAAUGAUACGAAGGAUAAAGGUAAACUUAGGACAGAUGUCAACUUAAGUAUAUGGACAAAUACAAACUAUGCAUAUUAUGAAGAUGCAGACAUUUUUUCAAUUCAUUUUUUGAGGAAGUAUGAUGUUCUACACGACUAUUGCGAUCAUAUUGGCAACCUCCUCAUCGGCUAUGUUCUUGAUAACAAGAUCAUUUCGAUUGAAAUAUUUGAUGCGUCAACUUUUCUGUAUUGUCAUUUAUUCGAUUGUAACGAGAGGAUAGAUGAUAAGCGGCCCUUAUUUCUUUACUCUAUCUAUUAUGAAGAUCGUAACGAGUUAAGCGUUUAUUUUACUGGUUAUCCGCCUACAACAAGAUUACAAAGUAUCGAGGUAGAAAAGGAUGUUCUUAUGCAAAUAAGUGAUAAUGGUAAACUUGUUGCUCUAUUAAUUCGUAAUGCGAAGGAUAGAAUAGCAAGAGAAAUUUCAAAAGAAGACAGGGAGAAACUUAGGGAAGAAUUUAAAUUGAGGCAUUAUCACUUAAAUCAUUAA